UGUAGUGACGCAGCUCGGCAGGUCCGGACGGGAUCAGAGAAGUUCGGAGAUGCUGUGGUUCGAAGGUUCCAUCCCUGAAGCCAUCAGCUCCGCCAAGAGCCGCGGCCUCGUCUUCGUGGUCGUGGUUUCCGGAGACGAUGAGCAGUCCGCACAGCUGAUGUCCAGCUGGGAGGAUGAGCGGGUGUCGGAGGCGGCGCACAGCUGCUGCGUGGCCAUCAAGGUUUCCGCCAGCAGUGAGACGUGUGUGCAGUUCUCCCAGAUCUAUCCGGUGGUCUGCAUCCCCUCCAGCUUCUUCAUCGGGAACAGCGGCAUUCCUCUGGAGGUGAUCGCGGGGGGCGUGACCCCCCAGGAGCUGCUGAAGAGGAUCCUCAACGUCAGUCAGAUGCACUCUCAGAAGGUCCAGGGGGGUCCGGGGGAGGCGAGUUCGUCCAGCCACACAGCACCCGGACACGGGUCGGACUCAGAACCUCCUUCUGGGUCUGCAGCGGCAGAACGGUCAGACGAGGUCUGCAGGCCCCCCAGCUCCAGAACCCCCUCAGAGGAAGACUCGGCCCAACACGCCGCUGCCGGGCCUGAGGCGGAGGAGAACCUGGAGGAGAAGGUGGAACGGUUGACAAAAAAACUGGAGGAGAGACGGGAGCAGAGGAAAAGAGGAGAAGAGGAGACGGAGGUCAGGAAGGAGGUGGAGCGCAGGAAGAUGGGGAGGAACAUGCAGGACUUCAAGAAAAAGCAGGAGGAGGAGAAGACCAAGCGGCUCCUGGAGGAGAGGAACCGGGAGAAGGCGGAGGAGAAGGCCGCCAGAGAGCGGGUCCGGCAGCAGAUCGCCAUGGACCGCGCUGACCGGGCUGCUCGCUAUGCCAAAACCCAGGAGGAGGAACGGGCCGCCAAGGAGGCGCUCCUGCAGGCCCGGCAGGAGGAGCAGGAGGCCCGGAAGGAGGCCCAGCUGCGGCAGAGGAGUGCUGUUGCUAGGAUACAGUUCCGGCUCCCAGACGGCUCCUCCUUCUCCAACCAGUUCCCGUCUCAGAGCCGGCUGCAGGAGGCGUGGGACUUUGCUGCUCAGGAAGUGGGCAGUCGCUAUGGCAACUUCUCUCUAGCAACCAUGUUUCCUCGGCGGGAGUUCACGGCUGAGGACCUGAACCGGACCCUGCUGGAGCUGGAGUUGGUCCCCAGUGCCUCCGUGGUGCUCCGGCCUCAGUUGGGCCGGCCUGCCGGCGCCGUGGUCCAGUCCUCUGGGCGGGGCUUGUGGGCGGCUCUGGGAACGCUUCUUUACCCGCUGCUGGCGGUCUGGAGGUUCCUCAGCUCCUUCCUGUUUGCGACCCCCGCCCCCUCUGCAGCUCCACCAAGGGCGUCCCCCCCGGAGCCCAACACCCACAACCAGCCCCCGUCUUCCUCAGACAAAGCCAAGAGAGAUUCUGAGAAACGACCCAAAGACUUCAAAAAGGACGGGAACAUCCACAGACUCCGGACGCAGGAGGACAGCGAGGACGACAACAACACUUGGAACGGGAACUCCACCCAGCAGAUGUAGAGCGCCCCCUGCUGGAGCCUGACAGGAGCGUCAUGAAGACUAGAGGGUUCUGGGGGGUCAUGUUUAAGUUAAACUAAAACCUGUUCUUUAUUAAUGUCCCCCCCCAACCUGCUGAGGACUGUUCAAUGUUAUCAAUAAAAGUUUUUCAGAAUC